CUGCGAGGAAGGAGCUCGCUCGUUUGAGGGAAGAUUGAAGGAAGAUUUAAAGAAAGAUUCUUCUCUCCAACUCCUGCUGCUCCAAGUCUGGGAGGAGGGAGCCUGAACGCCACACUCCAGGAGAGAGAAGUUCAAUGACAAGGCUGGAAGGGAGAAAAGGAACUGCAGCUGCACGGAUGUCCGAGGGUCAAAAUAAUGGGAGGCUGUAAAGAAUUCCUGGAAUAAGAAAGUGAAGCUGUAGCAAAUGAAUAGUGAAGCCAAGAUAAUGGAGCAGCCGGCCAACAGCAACCACAACCACGCCUCGUGGAAAGAGAUUCCCUGGGACUUGACGGAGGACUGUUCGCUGUCGCUGAGCGCCACCACCUUCCUCAUCGUGGCCUACAGCGCCGUCCUGGCGGUGGGUCUGCUCGGGAACUCCUGCCUGGUGUUUGUCAUUGCCCGGCACAAGGAGAUGCGCAACGUCACCAACGUCCUCAUCGCCAACUUAUCCUUUUCCGACAUUCUCAUGUGCGUGGUGUGCCUGCCGGUCACCAUCAUCUACACCCUGAUGGACCGCUGGAUCCUGGGGGAGACUUUGUGCAAACUUACGUCCUUCAUUCAGUGUAUAUCGGUCACUGUCUCCAUCUUUUCCCUCAUCCUCAUCGCCAUGGAGCGCUACCAGCUCAUCAUCCAUCCCACUGGAUGGAAGCCGGUGGUGAGGCAGUCCUAUCUGGCGGUGGCGCUCACCUGGAUCACGGCCUGCCUGAUCUCAGUGCCUUUCUUCAAGUACAACAUCGUUACCUUGCCUUUCCAGAACCUCAGCGCCCCCUUCCCAGUCAAUGACCAACUGGUUUGUAUGGAACGGUGGCCGUCCGUGAAGGCUCGGCGAGCUUACACCACCUCUCUGCUCAUCUUCCAGUACUUCCUCCCUCUGGCCCUCAUCAUGCUGUGCUACCUGCACAUCUACUUGCGACUCAGACGGAGGAAGGACAUGGUGGAGCGCAGCAGGAAUGCCACGGAAAGGAAAACCAAAGGCUCCACCAGGAUCAACAUCUUGUUAACCGCCAUCGUGGUGGCCUUCGCGCUUUCCUGGCUGCCGCUUAACAUCUUCAACACGGUGUUCGACUGGAACCACGAGGCCAUCCCGUCCUGCGGCCACGAUAUCAUCUUCUCCUUCUGCCACCUCGUUGCCAUGGCAUCCACCUGCAUCAACCCCAUCAUCUACGGCUUCCUCAACAACAACUUCCAGAAACAGCUCAAGUCCACCCUGCUGCAUUGUCGCUGCUGGGGGGCGGCGGAGCGCUACGAGAGCGUGCCGCUCUCCACUGUCAGCACUGAGGUCACCAAGGGUUCCGUCCUGAGCAAUGGCUCCAGCAGCUUCAAUACAUAAAGCAAAGACUACCUCUUGCUUGCAUUCUUUCGAGCGUUUUGUUGUCGUUGACAAGUGAAGCAUGACCUCUAAUUACUCCAGCUGUCAACUCAAGAGGAAAUCCAUGACAAAAUGAUGGCACAAAGUUCAAAGUGGCUUGAAAAGAAACACUCGACAUAAGAACUGCGCUCUGUACAGUUCUGUGGGACCUUCAUGUAUUUAUGACAGUGAAGACCAUCCUUACAUACUAGGGAUGCACGAUAUAUCCUUUCUUUCACGCCGAUACCCAUACAUUCCUGCUUCUCAAGACUAAUACCCACUCAUUCUAUUAUUCCAUUGCAAAUGUGGCUAGUUUGUGCACACUCGGAGGUAAGAAAGAGUCAAAGAAUUGCAGCUUAAAAAAAACUAGACCUGUAUAUUAGGGAUAGGUGAUAUGGCCUAGAAAGUAUAUCGCCAUAUAUCUUGAAGCCUCCUGCGAUAACGAUAUACAAUUUAGUAUAUAAAUGAUAAUACUGUACAUUUACAGUUAUUAUUUUAUCAAAACUUUUAAUUUAGUGUUAACAGCUGAUUACUUGGUUUUAUCUCCACUACUGUUAAAAUGUAACAAGCACUUAUUCUUCUGUUGUUUGAUAAUUCAAUUAGUUUUGCACGAUACUACAAAUGUGGUUAUUGAUCUAAUACCAAGUAGUUACAGGGGCAUACUGAUACUUUAAAUCAGAGGUCCACAAAACUUUUUGACUCGGGGGCCGCAUUGGGUUAAAACAAUAAACAAUGUGGUCGGGGGCCGGGCUGUAUAUACAGUAUAUAUAUAUAUAUAUAUAUCCAUCCAUCCAUCCAUCCAUUUUCUACCGCUUGUCCCUUUUGGGGUCGCGGGAGGUGCUGGAUUCAGGCGAUAGGUUUAUAUGCAUAUAUAUUUUAUAGGCAUCCGUCCGUCAGUAGUGACGGUGGGUUGCGCCUGGGGGAGUUCUUCCUCCCACCGUCGUAGCUGGCGCCAAUCGGGUGGAGCUUAGGACUGCCAGCUUCCGUGUUGUUUCCUCCCUUUAGGGGGGAGGCUGGAGUGACCUCUCCCUGGCGCAUGCCUGGCCAGAAAAUACGGAGUUCCUGGGUUGCCCAGUCAUCAAGAUCGCCCUCUCGGCCGUGUCGAUGUGGCCCGGAGGAAAGCAAGGCAAUACGUCUGGCAUGGGCUUGGCUGCAGGAGCUGCCGGCAGAGGGUCAGCAAUGACAAGCAGCCGCCUCAGGGGCUCCACUCCUGAUUUUCUGUCUGGGUUUACUCCCGUAGCCUUUCCUUCUCCCAAAGGUACCACAAGCAGCACACCCUGUUUUUACAAACA